AUGCCGCCGGAUCCGGCAAAAAAACUUGCCGAUUUGGUCCAGCAAGCUGGCAGACUGCACAGUUUGCCUGAACACAGCCGGGCAGAACACGAACGGGAGUUGUUCGGCGAGGUGCGAUUGGGCCUUUUGCAGCCGGACGCCCUCGAAGGAUCCUUCGAAGAGCAUGACAUGGCAGCCAUGCUGCGGCUUAUGGUUAGCUGUGGAAGCAAGAAGCGGUUGGCAUCUCGCGCCGUCGAAAAUUUGAAGCAAUUCCUGAAUAGCAGGUCAUGGCUCAAAGUGGCACAUGGCUCGCCAGAGCUGCUUCUAGAGCUGAAAGGCUUCCUCCUGGAAAACCCAGAGGUAACCAAAGAUGCUGACAUGACGGCUGUCGCUUCUCUUUUGGAAGCUCCGCCAAGUGACAGCAGGUGCCGGCCAGAUUCGCCUACGAGUCCGGCCAAGCUGGAUGAUGAUACACGCCGGAUGAUACUGGAACCGCUGCAACGCGGUCGCGAACUCAUGGCCUCGUGCAGAUGGCAUGUGCUUGGUGAUGAGUCAGGCCAAGCGCUUUCCUUGUUCUGCCGUGGCGUGACGCGCCUGGCCGGCACGGCUGUCGGCAGGGAGGCAAUGGACGCUCCAGGGGCGGAGUUGCCUGUUCUGGACUGGCUGGCCUCAGAUUGGCCCAACAUCAUCAAGUUCCUUGCCAACGUGUACGAACUGAAACGAUUGAACAGGAGUCAAAUUGAGGCAUGUGCCUGGCUGGCUCGUUUGCUUGAUUUGACUCUGCAUUCUGCAUUCAUGAUGUGCUGGACGGUGUUGCGCAUGCCGGAUGUCUCGGUAAAGGUGGAGAAGCUGCGGUCGCUGUCCCACAGCUUCUCCGAGGCCGAAGCUUCCGCGGAAGGUGCGGCUUGCCAUGCGGUGCUUGAUGUUUUGCUGCUGCGUGGUCAAGUGUUGCUGCGGCUUUUCCGCAGGUUUGCCAUGGAGGCCCCGAUUUGCACGGCGCAUGUGGUCGAGACAUGUCGAGACAUACAAACAGCGCAGUUUGACCCGUUUGCCAUGGAUUUUGGAUCAAAACCAGGCUGCGACCGGAACCUUUUGAAGAAGGAGUCCGGCUGCGCCCCGAAACCUCAGGCGGUGCACCAUGGUCGUGCUCACCGCCGCCAAUUGCUUGUCGCAGCGCUUCGCAAGUUGGACAAUUCGCCCAUGCCGAAUGCCGACGUGCGAGGCUCUUGCGCGGAGGGCCUGUGGACAGCUUUUUUCGGCGGGCUUGCUUCCAAAGAAAGUGGCUUGGCAAAGGACAUCGGCAGGCCAAAGUGUGACGAUGGUGCUCCAGAGGAUACCAAGGAUGACUCGUCGCCUGUCGAAGUGGAGGAAGCAGAGGAGCCGCCCCCUCCGCCUCCUCCGCUACCACCUCCAGCUGAAGAGGAGAAACCUGGCUUGCUGAAGCGAAUCCUCUGGGGAGGAAAAGCAGAGGAACCGGCGGUUCCCCCGGCACCCCCAGCGCCUGUUCCGGCUCCGACCGUUGUAGUCCCGAAGGCGGCUCCUGCUGCAGCAGGCUAUCCGUCUGAUCCGCCUGGGAGCGGUGCCCCUGCCAGAGCUCCGAAGGCUGCAGCUAAGCCCGGCGUGGUUUGGGUAGACGUGAACCCGAAAGCUUGGCAGAAAACGACUUUGAAUGGCCACACAGGUCUUUCGUUUCAAGGCUUCGAUGGCACGCAGGAGACGAGGCCUUGGCUCUCCUAUGUGCAACAGCGUGCGGCGUCGGACGAGCGCGUGGCUGUCCUGAUUCUGAAUCGCCGCCACAAGAGCGACGCUGUGGCCAUCAAGCAAUUCUGUGCCUCGAAGCAUGUGCCCCCUCCGCAGUUCAUCGUUUGUGGCAAAGGAGCGCCUGAAGAGGUGUGCCGAGAGUGGGGGAUGCAGGACAUUCAUGUCACCAAAGAUUGGGACGAAGCAACUCGCAUAGCUCUCAGUGAGGUGCGCACUCCGGGUCCGCUGCCACUGCCCCGCACACCACUCGGAACUGUCCAAAUGAAGUAA